AUGAGCACCGCCAGCAACAAUGGAGCAAUUGACUUCGCACUCUACCGCUAUAUACCUUCAAUUCCGGCGGCGGCAAUAUUUGCAGCGGUUUUCAUGGUUUUGACUAUUCUGCACUGUAUUCGGCUGUGGCGAUAUCGCACGCAUUUCUUUGUCCCGUUUAUCAUCGGCCUGCUUUUCGAGUUUGCUGGCUACAUCGCUCGCAUUUUUUCCCACUUUGACACCAAUGCGAUCGGCCCAUAUAUUGUACAGACCAUGCUCAUUCUGGUGGCGCCACCGCUUUUCGCCGCCUCAAUCUAUAUGACUCUAGGUAGGGUUAUUGUCGUUUUGGAUCAACACAGGAAAUCAAUUGUGCCAGUUCGCUUCUUGACGAAGGUAUUUGUUGUGGGAGAUGUGAUUUCCUUCCUUCUUCAAUGCGGAGGUGGUGGCUAUAUGGCCGCUGGAACGAUUUCUGCGUUGAACAUCGGCGCCAAUAUUGUUAUUGGUGGUCUUGCCGUCCAACUGCUUUUCUUCGGGUUCUUCGUUGUUGUAUCCGCAAUAUUCCACUGGCGCGUAAAGAAGUCGCAAACUAGCUUCCCCUCUCCAACGCUACAUUCAAAUUCUCCGAUCAUGAGCAGGAGCUGGGAAUCUAUAAUGUGGGCUCUUUAUGCUGCUUGUUUGCUCAUUCUGGUGCGAUCGAUCUUCCGAGUCGCUGAAUUUGUUCAGGGCAAUGAUGGGUUUAUCAUGAGAAGAGAGUAUCUGCUAUAUAUUUUUGACGCUUGUCUCAUGGCAUUGGCAGGUGUUGUGCUGGCGGUCACUUACCCUGGAUCUUUUCUAGACCGAGUUCGAAGCAAAAGAGAUAGCGAGCUUCGACUGAUGCCAACAAAUGCGGACAGUGUAAUCCAGACCACGAACGCUUCGGAGGCUUAA